AUGUCUAAUACUAAGCCAAUCGCGACGGCAUCGUCCAGCAGUUCAACUGCCUACGACAAUGCCGACGCAAAAGCUCGUCUUUACGCCUAUGAGAUUCCCCCAAUGCCUCCGGGCGAAUACGAAAUCAUCACAACUCAAGAAGUCAAAUCCGGCAACGACACUGAGAAGCUGGUGUCAACACAACCCGUCACUGUCAAGGCGUGUCACCCAUACGCCAUACCACCAGAGCUUGUUCACUCAUACUAUCCGCCAAAUCUGGGCACCGUGAGCGCAACAACGCUUCCUCAUGUCGUUCUCAAAGGAGCGACACCUUGGGAGCGGUCGCAAACAUACAAGGCGGGCACUGCUCCCACACCCUGGCUUGCAUUGCUUCUUUUCACUGAUGAGGAUCUGUGUGUGCCUCCAGAGGUGACCAGCGCUGCUAAACCCUCAGGUACCCGGACAUUCACACUUCCUCUGAGCCUUUUCAACAGUAAUCGCUCAAAGUGGUGUCAUAAGAAUGACUACUCCGACACUGAUGUCCCAGUCAAGGGCGAUGGAUCACCAGCAACUGCUGAUUUCUUGUUUGUCAAGAGCAGCGCGUUCAAGAUGUACUUUGAGCGUCAAGACUCAGCUGGCAAGACGGGACAGCAGGAAGGGGCAGACUUGGAUCGCUAUAAACUCCUCACGUACAUCACGGACAGCGGUGUCAAGGAUGAAAGUGGUCAUGUCACCAAUAAACUCAGCACGCUUAUCAGUCAUCGCGCGAGGCCAUAUAUUUCGGAAGAUCAGAAGAUCAAAGUAUAUGCGCACAUCGUCUCAAUUGAGACCUUGGAUGGCCGCAUUGACUGGAAAGCUGCGAGCCAGGCCUCAGCAACAGUAGCACUUGUCUCGCUGUUCUCCUGGACUUUUACCUGGGAGACGCACAAUAAGAAACUUGAGAUGUUCGAAAAUCUUUCGAAGCAGGAGAACAUUCGACCUUUGGCGAUCAAGCUUUCUCCCGCAAAUUCUGAAAAGCCAGAUGAUCCAUCAGCUGCAUGGGUCCGUCGAAGGGUCACAGAGGGAUACACUAUCGUGCGUCAUCGCGACAUCGCCGGUGAAUCAUCCAUGGCGUUGUACCGAGGACCGCUUAUUCCAGGUUUAUCGCGCAAAGCGCGCAUCAAGCCAAGUGUCCAUGGAACAGAUCUGCAAAUCAUCGACACAUCAGCCAGAAUUCUCGACAUCUCGUACAACACGGCCUGGGAGCUAGGCCGAACACUCGCCGGUCGAGAUGCUAAAUUUUCGAUGGCCAUCGCCUACCUCCGCCGAAAGCUGUGCAUGAAGGCCAUAACGAAGUCCAAGAUCUCUGCGAACGAGGAUCCCGAUAAAGCCAAAGACGCAGAGAGUGAGCAACCGCAGCUCAUGCACAAGGCGGAUGCCGUUGUUGAUAGCGCGUUGUCGAAACUUGAUGGGCUUUUCAAGGGCUCUGUGGCGGCAAAGAUGAAGGGUCUGCCGAGAGAUGGAGAUUUAAGAUGGCAAGUCCCUGCUCCCGCAGCGACAUCCAUGGCCGCAGCGCCAGGCGUCAUGACCUUUGAGAAAUUGCGCAGACAUCUUGAAAGCGCAGCUAAACCCUGGCUUGAAGCUAGGACUCUGGAACUAUGCAAGGCUACGCCUGUCGUUUCUUCAAUUCCUCAACUGGGUCUCGUGUUCAACUGGCUCAUCGACAAUCUCAUGUCGUUGAAAUUGGUCCCAGCGACGUAUCUGUUCCCAGACCCAGCUGUCCUUGCGGAAGAGAGCGUCAACUGUUUUCUCAUAGAUGACAUUUGGAUUGAUGCUCUCGUCGACGGCGCGAUGAGUCUAGCCAACACUAUGGGAGGAGGUAGUGAUCCUGUCCGCGAUCUUAUUCGCUGGGUUUUUAACUUGUAUCUCGAAAGGGCACCAGCAGAUCGUGUGCAGAUCGGUGGCUCAGGCUUCAUCGUCCGCAGUGGUAUCGUGGAAUCAUUCCCCGAUCUCGAGAUGACAAUCACCACCAAACGUCCAGGGUCAAAUGCAGAGAUUCCUCUAAGCUGCGCGUACCGAACACGUAACGAGGACAUGAUUCUCUGCCUCGUCGCAAGAGGCCAGGGGCAGAGAUUGGUAGACUACACUGUCAAGCUCAAGCUACCGCCACACCAGCAGCGGUACAGUUUGGGAAGCGUCGACAAAGACUCGAUGACAUUUGUCUGCGAGAUGAAGCCAUUCUUGACGAUGACGGAGGAGUUCAAAAACGCUUUGCCAAAAUCCGAAGUAGAAAAGAGAAUCCAAUGGAGCAGGACUGGUGUAAUCAGUCCUUCUGGUUUCCCCAUCAAGCCUAUCUGGAAUCAUGACACCGGCGUCCUCACUCCACAUCUCGUGGUCAAUAUAAUGGACCACUUCAUUGACCAAAACAAAGACCGUGUCUGGAAAAAGCCAGCUCCUGAUUCUAAAGUGGUGUAUACCGCGACGCAGCUACUGGAGCGCGAUUACUCCAUUGAACUCAAUUUCAGUGUGACCGCCGGCAAAGAGAGCAAGCCUCGAAGGAUCUUCCCUGAGCAGCCAGAUCUUGAAGAAGAUGGUCGCGAAUUAGCAAUUGAGCAUCUACCUGAGAAUAAAGAAGCCAAGAUCAAGUCGUGGUUCAAAAAGCUAGCCUUUUCUCAAGACUCCCCAGGCCGCAACAUACCGCCGCAGUCCAACACACCUCAAAACAUCGUCUUCUCCAUCAAAGCUAUCCCUACGCUCAAGAGCAACAUCCUAGCAGGCACAGAAGUAUUUGCCAUCGAAGUCACCAUCCCCAUUGGCGAAGACCCAUCCCAUCUUCUCGACCCUCUAGCACCAUUACCUUCUGUGCGCGCCAUUGGGCCAAGACAGCAGUGGAUUGCGGCUACGACACAUAGAGCGGCUACGAAAGAUUCGCCUGCUGAGAUGGUGGUUCAUUUGAAGCCCCGUGGGACGGUUGGAGGGGGUGCUACGUUUGCGGAGGGGCUGGAUGCCAGUUUCAUGCUGAUGAGAGCGACGGUGAAUGGUGUUGUGGGUAAUGAUGUUGAGAUUAAGACGAAGGAGGUUUAUGGCAAGUGGGAGAAGACUAAGAAUCCUCAGGGUAAGGAAGUUUCUGUAUUGUCUACGGUUGAUGUUAUGGAUAAAUGGACGCUGCGCAAGGAAUGA